UCCGACCGGGUCUGAAGAAGUGUUCGGGAAUGGAUUUCAUCUUUUUUUUUUCAUAAUAACCUUGAUUUAUGUGGAAGUGACAAUUGGCUUUAAAAUGUGGACAUACAAGUUCCCCUAAUUUAGGAGGUGUGUAUGGCCCGGGACGCAAAUUCCAUAAAACUUUCAUUCAUCCUUCAAACUUAUCCCCCCAUGCAACAACACCACAUUUGCUUCUUCUCUCUUUUCUUCCCCCAACCCUCCCUGCCCUUCUCCUAAAGAGGUCACUUUUUGGGAGAUCGGCAGGGUGCUCGGAGCAGAUUGUUGUUGUUUCAAGCGGAUAGCAGGCGAAGACAUCGGAGGAUAAAAUGUCUUCCCCUAUUGAGUCGCCGCCUUCGCCUGAUUCGUCCGAUUCUUCGCCGCCACCUCCUUCACCACCGUCGAAUUCAUCUCCGCCUCCGCCAUCGCCAUGGACAAAUUCACCUCCGCCGCCUCCUCCAUCACCAUGGAAAAAUUCAUCUCCGCCGCCGCCUCCAUCGCCGUCGCCGAAUUCAUCUCCGCCGCCGUCUCCAGAUUCAAACCAGAGUUCACCGCCUCCCAGCAACAGCUCGCCACCUCCGCCUGAUUCGUCGAAUCCGAACCCUCCGCCUCCACCGCCGCACUCACCGCUUCCUCCGGCGGCGAAGCACAAAUCGAGUUCGUCGUCGUCACACCGUUCGUCCUCGGACAAUGCGCUAUCGGAUAGCCAGAAAGCGGUGAUUGCGGGAGUUGCAGCAGGAGCGGGGCUUUUGCUUCUGAUUCUGAUCGUCUUCCUGAUUUCUUGCUGUUGUCGACGGAGAAAGCGAAGGCCGCGCGGUCAAAUCCAUUACUACAGCAAUGGUCAUGAAGGAGGAGCGAACUACUACGGAGGGCCGAAUGGAAACUGGCACAACAACGUCCACUCGGGGGAACACAUGGUCAAGAUGCCACCCCCUCCACCAGGCCCACCCAGCGGCGCCGUGAGCUCAGAGUACGGCUGGCCAAUCGCUCCACCUCCGCCCCCGCCGCCAAUGAUGAGCAGCGGAGAGAUGAACUCCGCCGCCUUCUCCGGCCAACACCAACCUGCCGCGGCGGCAACACAGCCUCCUCCUCCGCCCAUGUCACUCGGCUUCAACCAGAGCAGCUUCACUUACAACGACUUAGCCGCCGCAACAGGGGGCUUCUCGCAGUCCAACCUGCUGGGGCAGGGCGGGUUCGGGUACGUCCACAAAGGCGUGCUGCCCAACGGCAAGGAAGUGGCGGUGAAGAGCUUGAAGUCGAACAGCGGGCAAGGGGAGAGGGAGUUUCAGGCGGAGGUCGAGAUCAUCAGCAGGGUACAUCAUAGGCAUUUGGUGUCUCUGGUCGGGUACUGCAUUGCCGGACAGCAGAGGAUGUUGGUGUACGAGUUUGUGCCUAACGGAACUCUUGAGUUUCACCUUCAUGGAAAGGGCCGCCCAGUUAUGGACUUCCAAACCAGGCUCAAAAUCGCCCUUGGCUCUGCGAAGGGCUUCGCUUACCUACACGAAGAUUGCCACCCUCGCAUUAUACACAGAGAUAUAAAGGCUGCAAACAUUCUACUGGACAACAAUUUUGAGGCAAUGGUUGCUGAUUUUGGAUUGGCUAAACUCUCGUCAGACAACUACACUCAUGUCUCCACGCGCAUCAUGGGAACGUUUGGAUACCUUGCUCCAGAAUAUGCAUCAACCGGAAAACUUACCGACAAAUCUGAUGUCUACUCUUACGGAGUGAUGCUCUUGGAACUCAUAACGGGAAGACGCCCUGUUGAUGUUAACAGUGAUGAAGAUGACAGCCUUGUGGAUUGGGCAAGGCCAAUUCUAAUGCGAGCGGCGGAGGGAGGGAGCUACGAGGAGCUGGUGGAUCCACGGCUGGAGAACAACUACGACCACCAGGAGAUGAACCGAAUGGUGGCUUGCGCCGGAGCCAGCAUCCGCCACUCCGCCAGGAGGCGGCCCAAGAUGAGCCAGAUCGUGCGCGCUUUGGAAGGUGACGUCUCUCUAGAAGACCUCAACAAUACCGCCGCCGUGAAAAGCCAAACAAGCAGCGCCGCUACGUUCAGCUCCGGCGGCAGCUCUGAGUUCGACGGGAAUCCGUACGACAUGAAGCGGUUCAGAAAAUCUGAUUUGUUAUCAAGCCAGGAAUUGACCAUGAGUAGCGGUGAACAGUGAAUAUUCAUUUUCUUUAUUUAGUUACUCGAAAAUAAGUAUUCAGUUGUUCUGUAAAUGAAUAUUACAGAAAACACUGUACAAUGUUUGUGCCGUAUAUAGGGCGCAGUAUAAGAGCCUAAUUAAUUAACUAAAUUGCUACCCUUUGC